AUGGUUGCUGCAAAUUCUUCGGUUAGGAUUGGAAAUGAUGCCGAGACAUAUGUGUUCGACGUAGCUCAACUGAAAGAUCAUAUAGCUGCUAGCUGUUCUAACGGUACUUGGGCUUGUUAUGACAAGACAACUUUACGAGAGUCAUUCAAAGUCCCAAAAGCGCACUCCAAUAUCACUGGUAUUAUCAAUUAUGAAAAGCAUAAUGGUGUGCUAACUUGUGGUACUGACGGAAAAUUACAACUGUGGGAUAUACGAGAUUCAUCAUCUAAGCCAGCUAGAACUUGGACCUCACAAUCGGUGCCCUUUACAUGCUUGGCGGCGAAUCAGACAGAGCAAAUAGCAGCUGGUUCUGAAUUGACACGAUCGUUGGCUUCUAUCUUUUUGCUAGAUGCUAGAAACGAGCAAAAGAUCAUUCGUCAAUGGAACGAUGCACACAACGACGAUAUAACCAGCUUACAAUUUCAUCCAAAAGAUAAUAAUUUAUUACUUUCUGGGUCCGUGGAUGGACUUGUAAAUCUUAUGGACAUUACCAAAGAUGAAGAUACAGAGAAUACCGACGAAGACCCAUUGUUGCAUGUGAUUAACCAUGAUGCUUCUAUCCACAUUGCUCGCUUUUUAGGUAAGCGAAGAGUUUUGGCAUUGUCUCAUAUGGAAUCUUAUGCUUUAUAUAAAUUGAAGCGUGAUUCGGACGACAAAACAUGGACUAGUAAAGAGGUUACUUCUAACCAAGACUUACGACAAUCGCUUCCAUGCAGUUAUGUAAUUGAUGCUUUUCCUGGUAAUGAUAAGCGCUCUUGUAUGCUGGCUUUCGGUUCUUUUUCAAGUAAUGAGACUCAGUUAGCUUCUUUGGAUGCAGAUACAGGUGAAAUCAAUAAAGAAGACAUCGUAUUUGAAAGGAUGAGUACUGAAAUAUGUCGAGCUAUCACUUAUGACUCUAAAAAUCAUGUCUAUUACACAGGCGGUGAAGAUGGUAUGCUACAAUGCUUCGCAGUAUAA